GGCCAACGCCCCCUGUGGCCUUUGGUUCUUGGGCCAGCUGGUUGCGAUUUGCGAGCCCGCGCCGUUCAAUGCGGCCUGCCCUGGUCCCGUGCCAUGGCCGUGUACGGCGGGCGAAGACGCCCGGCGUUUUCGCCGGGGCGCCAGCCGCGCUCAAAGCUCCUCCAAAUCCGGCGACGGCAACAGGGAGCGAGCCGCGAUGGUUUAGAGAUGUGGCAAUAGCGGGGGGCUGGUAUGCCACCCGUAGGCUGGCCGGCGGAAGCGGCGGAAGCGGCGGAAGCGGCGGAAGCGGGCGCCGGCGCUGGGUCAGGCGCCUUUCGCCCUUCUUUGCCUUCGCGGCGGUUUUUCUGCUUGGUCAGAAGUCAGCGCUGGCGAGUGGCCUGCCGGUGGUGGAGCGCUGUUUGGUGGACUUUCUGAAGGCCGUGCGGCAUUACGUGGCCUUCUCUAUCAAUGACCUGUUGAUCCUUCUCUUUUCCACCACCCUGGUGGUGCCUUUGAUGAAGCGCCUCCGCACCUCGCCGAUCAUCGGCUUCCUGCUCAUCGGUUUGAUCUUGGGCCCUGCGGGUGUCAAUGUGAUCCAGCAUGUGGAUGUGAGCCACCGAAUCGCAGAUUUCGGGAUCAUCUUCUUCCUCUUCGAGACCGGCUUGGAGCUGUCGGUGAAGAAGGUCAUCUCCAUGCGGGCAGAUGUCUUCGGCCUGGGCAUGGCCCAGUUCUUUAUCACGGGUGGGUUGAUCGCCUUCCUGUCGUCCUUCCUGCUGCCCCAGCUGAACCCCGGGGCCCUGGUGCUCCUGGGGGGCGGCAUGGCGCUCUCCUCCUCGGCCUUCGCCCUGCAGCUGCUGAGGGACAAGAAGCAGCUGGGCACGCGCUUCGGGCGGGCGUCCUUGGGCGUGCUGCUCUUCCAGGAUUUGGCGGUGGUGCCGCUGCUUGUGCUCGCGCCGCUUCUCAGCGACCCGGCGGCCUCCACCUCCCUCUCUGCGGCUUUGGCCGAGGCCUUUGGCAAGGCCAUGAUGGCGCUGGGCAUCAUCGUGGGCACUGGGCACUUCCUGCUGCGGCCGCUGCUGACCUUUGUGAAGCGCUCCGACUCCUCGGAGGCGUUCCUGGCGAUGACGCUGGGCACCGUGCUACUCUCCUCGAGCCUGACCCAGGCCUUUGGCUUGUCGGAGACCCUUGGGGCCUUUGUGGGUGGUGUGCUGGUGGCGGAGACGGACUACAAGCACCAGAUCGAGGCUGACAUUGCGCCCUUCCGGGGCAUGCUGCUGGGGCUUUUCUUUGUCACCGUUGGCUUCUCCUUCGACGUGACCUUAUUGACUCAUCACUGGGUCACGGUGCUGCCCCUUGUGGCCCUGAUCCUGUUGAUCAAGGCACUUGUAGUGGUGCUGCUGGGUGUGUCCCGUGGUCUCUCGGGCGCCUCUGCAGUGCAGGCCUCGGCUUUGCUGGCGCCCGGCGGGGAGUUCGCGCUGGUGCUCUUCCGUCUGGCGGAGCAGGUGGGCAUCAUGCCAACUUCUGUGGUGCGCGUCCUCGUCACCAGCUCCGUGCUCUCUAUGGCGGUGAUGCCGCUGCUGGCGGCCGGCGCCGACGCCUUCGCGCGCAGGAUGCGCGAGAGAAGAGGGCUCGAUAACCUCCAGGGGCUGGACGAGCGCGCGGCCGCAGAUGUGCUGCAGGUCACCCGAGGCAGCGAUGGCUUUGUGGUGAUCUGCGGUUAUAAUAUGAUCGGCCGCACCAUCUGCAACCUGAUGGACAGCGAGGAGGCGCAGUACAUCGUCUUUGAGGACGACGUGGCGGUGGCGCGGCAGGCCCGGGCCUCCGGACUGCCGGUCUUCCUGGCGGACGCCGCGCGGCGGGAGGUGAUGGAAAACUUCAAGGUCGGCCAGGCACGGGUGGUGGUAGUGGCCAACAAGCAGCGGGAGAGGACGAACCAGGUUGCCACUGCGAUCCGAGUCCAGUACCCGAAGCUUGACAUCAUCGUGCGGGCGCAGGAUCGCGAUCACGUGAAGUGGCUCGAGAAGAACCUGAAAGUGAAGGCGAUAAUGCCGGCCAUGAUCGCCGUGCGCUUCGGCACGGAAGUGAUGCAGAGACUUGGCUACCCGGAGGAUGAAGUCAAGGCGCUUUUGCAGGAGCAGCUCGGGCAGGCGAUCGCGGAGAUCUGCGGAGACGACAAGGACGGCCGGGAGGACAAGGCCAAGAGCGCAGGCGGGGCCACAGCCUAGCAAAGCCAAUGUCCGCUGCCGGUUUCUGAGAGCUUGCCUGCCAGCUUGCCAGAUGCACGGAAUGAGCAGAGACAAAGAGUAUGUGGGGCUCUACGGGAGCACGCAA